GUACAUCCCACCGAAAGAAAGUCAAACACCGCUGUAGGACUUUUAUUUUGAAACUAACAGGAGUUGGUUCUCGGAUGGAGCAGAAGCAUGGCGGGUAUGGAUGGUGGUAGUGGCGGCGCUGUCGCUCCGCCGAGUUUACCCGGAGCUCAGCUGCUGAAACAGGGCGCGGAGGCCCGGGUUUACCGCGGCCGGUUCUUGGGGAAGUCCACCAUCGUUAAGGAGCGGUUUCCGAAGCGGUACCGACACCCGGUCCUGGAUGAGAAGCUGACAAAGCGCAGAACCGCACAGGAGGUCCGGUCCAUACUGCGCUGCAGGAAAGCGGGUAUCAGUGCUCCAGUGGUAUAUUUCGUUGACUACACCACUAACUGCAUCUUCCUGGAGGAAAUCACAGACUCCAUCACCAUCAGGGAGCACAUCACCUCCACUCAAGCAUCUGGACGAAGCACAGAGACGCUGUACGGCCUGGCCGACCGCAUCGGACAGAUCCUGGCCAAGAUGCACGAUGAGGACGUCGUCCACGGAGACCUCACCACCUCCAACAUGCUGCUGGUGGGUGAAGAAGACGGAAAACCAGGCAAACUGGUUCUAAUAGACUUUGGCUUGAGCUACAUCUCUGCCCUGCCUGAGGAUAAAGGGGUGGACAUGUACGUCCUGGAGAAGGCGUUCCUCAGCACCCACCCAAACACCGAGGCUCUGUUCCAGAGACUUCUGAAGAGCUACAUCGCUGCAUCCAAAAAAGCUCCAGCUGUCAUUAAAAAACUGGACGAAGUCAGACUGAGAGGACGAAAGAGGUCUAUGGUUGGAUAAGUUGGAAAAGUCUGUAAUACCCCAUCUUAAUUUGAAUUUUCAUGGAAGAUGAUACCAUACUUGGGCUGCACAAUAUCGAUGAAAAAUCAAUAUAAAAUAUAAAACCAAAUAUUUUAUUUUUCUGCAAUAUAUAUAUUGUGAAAUUUGAAAUAACUGGAAUUGUCAGUGAUCCAACAUACUGUACAGUUAUUAUUGGAGUGAAAAAAAUUAUAUUGAGCAUGUAAUCUGCCUUUGGUAGAUUUUUUUUUUGUCAUAAAAUGUAAAUAUUGGUAACGAUUUACAAUAAGCUUCACAAUUAACAGUUCUAAUAAAUAAUUACUAAAUUGUCAUUCUUUAGAAUUUUACUAUUAAAAGUGAAAUAAAAUAGUCGUAACUAAAUAAUUAACUAUGCAUUAUUUGUGACAAUAAUUAGUUAAAACAUUCUGUGGUAACAUACUGUUAAUAAAUAUACCCUUAUUGUUGCCAAAGUGAAAAAUAAAUAAAAACUCACUUAUCCUAUAAUGUAAAUAUUGCACGUGUGCAGAACUCACUAACAAAGCUGAAAUCACAUUGUGCAGCCGUACACCACACCACAUCUUGUACUGGUUUCUACUUCCAUACCAAUGUGCCUCUCUGGUUAUUACUGAUAUCACAAUAAAGUUGCUUUAAGUUGUAAAUAAAAGUUUUUUUUAAACAAAA